AGUGAACGGCGCAAACAUGGGACCAGACUGGGUGGAUUUCCUCGAAUACAUCAAUUCGACCCCGGUCCCUCGAGACGAGAUCGAGCACUUCCAAGCCACGUGGGCUAGGAGAUACGUCGACAAUCCAGCCUACAAGCCAAUCGUGACUUUCUCUCGGAUACCAAAGUCCGAUGGGGUCGACACGUUCUUCGCAAAGACCAUCAGAUCUCCCAGCACCGUCCCCAACGCGCUUAUGUUGAUCCGCAAAGAUUUUGUCACUCCUGCAGAGGAACCGUCGCCGCCACCACCACAGCAGCAGCAGCAGCAGCACAAAGGGAGGAAUCGAGACGGCAAAAACGACAACGGCCCGCCGCCGGACUGCAUAUGGCUGCUCGACCUGCGCUCAGACUUGAACGGCUUCAAGGACACCACGCAUGGCGGCGUGCUCUGCGCGCUGAUGGACGAGGCCUUGAGCAUCUGCGUCGAGAUCCACCGCCAGCAGACCAUGGGGAGGAGGUCCAACUUGUACACCGCGUACCUUACCACCAGUUACCGAGCGCCGGUGAUCAACCCGUGCACUGUGGCGGUGAAGACGAGGCUCGAGAGGAGGGAAGGCCGGAAAUGGUUCUUGACCGGGCGUCUCGAGGACGAGCAGGGGAAGGUCUUGACAGAGGCAAACGGGCUUUGGGUCGCGGCAAAGGAAAAGCUGUGAUGAAUGAAUGAUCUC